AUGCCGUCCACAACAACCACCAGCAGCACCAGCUGCAGCAAACCCCACUCAGCAGUAGGGCGCGCCCAAGAAGUCCAGCAACUCCUCGCGCUCAUUCAGCCCUAUCUGUACGGCUUCAUAUCGACGGCCGACUCCGGCGCCGGGCCGGGCAAGCUCAUCACGGAGCCACUGCCACCGCAUGAGCUCGCCGCGGUGUUUGACCUCGACCUGCCGGCGGCGGAGGGCCGCGGCGAGGAGGGGCUGCUGGCGGUCGUCAAGAAGGUGCUGAGGUACUCGGUUAAUACGUGGAGCCCCGGGUUUAUGGAUAAGCUGUAUGCGAGCACGGAUCCGGUGGGCGUGGUGAGUGAGUUGGUGCUGGCGGUGCUGAAUACCAAUGUAGUCUCCCCCGCUCUAACAAUUAUUGAGAAAGCGACCACAGCGCGGCUCGCCAAUCUCAUGGGCUUCAACUCCCCUAAUGCCGGCGGCAUGACGCUACCGGGCGGAUCCGCAUCUAACAGCACCUCGAUGGUGAUUGCGCGCAACUCUCUCUUCCCCGAUACCCAGACUAAAGGUAACGGAGCCUACCGAUUCGUCGUCUUCACCAGCGCGCACGGACAUUACAGCGUUGAGAAGGCGGCAAUCCUUUGUGGCUUCGGGAGUGAGGCGGUUUGGACGGUGCCUGUGGAUAAGCAGGGCCGCAUGAUUGUCUCUGACCUCGAGGCCCUAGUGAUAAAGGCCAAGGAGGAGGGUUUCACACCAUUCUAUGUGAAUGCGGGAGCAGGUACAACGGUGUUGGGGUCGUUCGACCCUUUUGAAGAGAUUGGUGACGUGUGUAGACGACAUGGGCUGUGGUUCCAUGUUGAUGGGAGCUGGGGCGGUAGCGUUGCGUUUAGUGAGAACCAGAAGUGGAGGUUGAAGGGUGUAGAGAGAGCGGACAGCAUGACGAUGAACCCGCACAAGAUGUUGGGUGUGCCGAUGACUUGUAGUUUUUUGCUCACGAAUGAUCGGAGAAGAUUUUGGGGCGCUACGAUGGCGCGCGCUGGGUAUUUAUUUCACGAAACUGAAGAAGACGGAGAAGAUGAGAUCUACGACCUGGCCCAGAUGACCAUGGGCUGCGGCCGCCGCGGGGACUCCCUCAAGAUGGCGUUCGGCUGGAUUUAUUAUGGUAAAGACGGUUAUCAAGAGCGCAUCGACCAUGCCUUUGAAAUGGCAGCAUACUUUGCAAAUGUGUUGAAGAAGAAGACGUAUUUCCAUCUCGUCUCGGAAAAUCCUCCGCCCUGUUUGCAGGUGUGUUUCUACUACACCCCCGAAGGAGUAUUGUUCGACAAUGCAAAGAAGAACACGACAACGACAAGAGCAAUUGCGGCCAAGUUAGUGGCUAAAGGGUUUAUGAUUGACUAUUCGCCAGACCCAACAUACGGCGAAUUCUUCCGUGCGGUGGUGAACAGUCGAACCACGAAGGAAACAAUUGAUGCGCUCGUAUGUGCAAUUGAAGAACACUUGGUGAUUCUGAAUUAA